AUGGCCCAUAACACGAACCCUGGAAACUUUGCCAACCGUCCCCACGAGGAGGUCGAGAAUAUUGCUCGGAAGGGCGGCCACUCCAGCCACUCUGGCGGGUUUGCAAACAUGGAUCCUGCAAAGCAGCGAGAAAUCGCCUCUCACGGCGGCCAACGCUCCGGUGGUAGCUUUCAGCCGGACGAUUCCCGUACACGUGAAGCCGGCCGGAAAGGGGGAAGAUCUCGACAUGCAAGUCCAGAAGAAUAG